UUCAGUAGUUGCAGCACGGCAUGCAGAGGGACGGCAGUUUGAUCUGUUCAGCCCGCGCGGGACUCCGGGAUGAUCCUGCAACAGAUGGCAGAAGUGUGAGACAACAACAAAUGGAUUCCACAGGGAGCGUCCUCCGCAUCCAGGGGGAUGACAACCUCCAGUCCAUGCUGGUGGGGACGAUAAUGAGGAAAAUCAAAUCGCGUACCUGGAAGAAGCAGCGCUACUUCAAACUGCAGGACGACUUCAUGACCAUCUGGUACAAGUCCAAGAAGGCUGGCAACAAACACUCCACAUUUUCAGUGAGCGAUUUGGAAGCAAUACGAGAGGGCCACCAGUCAGAGGUGCUCCUCAGCAUCGCCGAUGAGUUCCCAGCUGACCGAUGCUUCACGCUGGUCUUCCGCGGGCGCAGGGGCAACCUGGACCUGGUGGCUGAGUCCUCCGAGGAAGCACAGUCCUGGGUCAGAGGCAUGAGGAAGCUGAUUGAGAACCUUGAGAACAUGGGGGAGCGGGAGAAACUUGACCAAUGGAUUGGUGACUGGUUCAAGAAGGCAGACAAGAACAACGAUGGCAGGAUGAACUUCAAGGAAGUGCAAGAUUUACUGAAGAUGAUGAAUGUGGACAUGAACGAGCAGCAUGCUCAUCGUCUCUUCACAACGGCCGAUAAGUCCCAGACGGGGACACUGGAGGAUGACGAGUUUGUGCUUUUCUACAAGAUGUUGACCCAGCGAGACGAUGUGCUGAGGGUUUUCCAGGAGUUCUCCUUUGAUGGCCAGAAGUUAUCCAAAAGAGACUUGGAGGACUUUCUGAGAGAUGAGCAGCUGGAAGGGGGCGACAUCCAGCUGCACGCCAAGCAGCUCAUUGAGCGCUACGAGCCCUCUGACACAGCCAAGCUGCUGAAUGCCAUGACGUUUGACGGUUUCUUGAUGUACCUCGGCUCAGUUGAGGGCUCCAUCUUCAACCCACAGUGGCUGGGCAUCUUCCAGGACAUGAGCCAGCCGCUGUGCCAUUACUUCAUCUCCUCCUCGCACAACACCUACCUGAUGGAGGACCAGCUCCGAGGGCAGAGCAGUGUGGAGGGAUACAUCAGGGCUCUGAGUCGUGGCUGUCGGUGUGUGGAGGUGGACUGCUGGGAUGGUGCCAACGGAGAGCCCAUCGUCUAUCAUGGACACACGUUUACCUCCAAGAUACUCUUCAAGGAUGUGGUCACCGCCGUCGGCAACUAUGCCUUCAAGGCAUCGGAAUAUCCAGUCAUCCUGUCAAUCGAGAACCACUGCGGUGUUGAGCAACAGAGAGUCAUGGCCCAACACCUCAACCACAUCUUCGGGGACAAGCUGCUGAAAAGCACACUAGACGGCAAGGCCCCCAGCAGGCUGCCGUCUCCUGAGGAUCUGAAGGGGAAGAUCCUGCUGAAGGCGAAGAAAAUCGGUGGUCUGGAGGAGAGUUUCAACGAGAUGGCGGAAGACUCUCAGACUGGAGAGCUCAGUGAUGAAGACGAGGUGGCUGACAUUGAAGAAGAGAACCAGCACAGAGAGAGUGUCCGUCGCAGGGUUAAGAAGUCAAAGCAGCGUCUCUCCAAGGAGCUGUCAGACUGUGUGGUUUACUGCAAAAGUGUCCGCUUCAGUAACUUCAAACACUCCCGCAUCCACUCCAAGUUCUACGAGGUGGCCUCCUUCACUGAGUCCAAGGCCCGGAAACACCUGAGAGAGGCUGGGGCCGAUUUUGUGCACCAUAACUCACAGCAGCUGACCAGGGUUUAUCCCAGCGGCUUCAGAACUGACUCCUCCAAUUUCAACCCUCAGGAAAUGUGGAAUGUUGGGUGCCAAAUUGUUGCGUUGAACUUCCAGACUGCCGGGGAGGGGAUGGAUUUGAAUGACGGACUGUUUCGUCAGAAUAACAGCUGCGGCUACGUCCUGAAGCCCAGAUUCAUGAGAGAGGCAGAGAAAUUUGACCCUGAGACACCUCACGAACGGGAAGGCUACCAGCCUGUCGUCCUAACCAUACAGGUGAUCAGUGGUCAGCAGCUGCCCAAAGUCAACAUCAAGGAGGGUUCCAUCGUGGAUCCUCUGGUCAGAGUGGAGAUCCACGGUGUUCCCAUGGACCAGGCCAAGCAGGAGACCAGAUACAUCGAUAACAACGGGUUUAAUCCUGUGUGGUAUGACACUCUGUGCUUCACCAUCCACACUCCUGAGCUGGCCAUGGUGCGCUUUGUAGUGGAAGACUAUGACAAGACAUCCAGAAAUGACUUUGUGGGCCAGUAUACACUCCCUCUGAUCUGCAUGCAGCAAGGUUAUCGUCACAUUCACCUUUUGUCCAGAGAUGGAACCAGUAUUCCCCCCUCCUCCUUAUUCGUACACAUCAGGAUCACAGAACUGGAGUAAACCUUCUUCUCUUUCAUAGAGCAAGGGUAAUAAAAUAACAUAUUAUUUAGUUAUUAGAGUCAUUCCUUCCCGUAAAACACACCCAUAGCUCUUCAGACAGUAUUUCAUAUUAUUAUAGUUAUUAUUUGAUGUGAAUAAAUACUACGCCAAAUAUUUAGUGGUUCUUCUGCAGCAGAUGUAUAUAUGUUUUUCUGCUUCAUUCACUAUAGUUUGUGUCACUUUUUCCUGUGAUUCACUUGGAAUUUGCUAAUCAUGCUCGAUGUCUGUAGCACAAAGAUUUGAUGUGUUAUAGAGAAGAAUGUGCCACCAAUAUGUUAAGAUCAGGAUUUAUAUUUCCUCUCAGUAUUUUCUCUUACGAACAGCACUUCUGUGUGACCUCACAGUCUCAUGCAAAGCUUGAAAUGCAAUUGUCUUCCAAACAGUUAGAGAAAAACAAGACAUUUUCAUUCUUAUUCUGUUAAAGAAAUGGAGGUCCAAAUUGUCAAAUCUAUAGAUUUAGACACGUUAUAUUAGGAAACAAGUAAGCAAAGAUUGAACAAAACCACCUUCUCCAACUAUAGGAGGGACAAAGAAUAUCUUAUAGGCUGAUACUAAAAUAUAUAUAUUAAAUAGAUGUCUCUGAAAAAGCACAUACAAAUAUUUUGAGCAAACAUCAAGUAACCUCUUUGGAUUAUUAGGUAUUUAAAUAUGCAAUAUAGCACGCAUUAUUUGAAAAAUCUAGUAGUGUACUCUCAUGUAUCUCAUAUAAACAUUAUAACAUCAUUAUACAUCUCGAGCUAUAGUGACAGGCUGAAUCUGAAUGUACUUAUGCGCAGUCUUGUGUAAUCUGAUGUUAUCUUUGUAGCAUGUAUAUAUAUGUAUCUAUACUUCCCAUUUAUGUAAAUGUGUUUUUGAUAUGUCUAUUUUUGUAUACAUGGAAACAUUCAUAUGCUCAUUGAAGUGUUUAUUUGCUUGUUGUUGUUUUUUUAUUAUAAAAGACGUCAUAUUGA